AUGUUCCUUUCUUAUAUUAGCACAUUUCUAUUUACACUUUUGUUAUGUAUAAUACAAUUAUCAUACAAGAAUAGUACAGACAUUUAUUAUCUCACAAAAUAUAAAAAAUACCCAAUAGUAAAAUCACCACAUGUAAGAUCAUUAGCAGAACAUUAUCAACAAACAAAAAUAACUAGUAAGUAUGAUGAGCUUAGAACAUUAGGUGAGUCUCCUCAAGAAAAAAAAAAACCAAGUAAAUAUUAUGACAUUAGGGGCUAUGGUCAACACACACAAAAAAAGAAAAUACCUAGUAAGUAUGAUGAAAUUAGGGGCUAUGGUCAACACACACAAAAAAAGAAAAUGCCAAGUAAGUAUGAUGACCUUAGAAAUUUAAAAGUACAAAACGUUAAUAAUAGAAUGAAACCAACAACUAAUGAUGAUUUAAAAUUAUUGUCAGAAAAUUAUGAAAAGGAAAAAAUGGAAAAACACAAAUUAUUAAAAUUUAUAAAAAAAAAGGAUAAAGAAAAUAGUGAAAGACAAAAACAUGGACUACCUCCAGAUAUGUCACACGAAGGAUUAUCCUCAAAAAAAGUAGGAGCAGAACAUGUAUUUAGUGAUGUAAGAUAUACAAUAAAAAAAGGAAUAUUAAGAGGUUUAAAAUUUAUUUGGAGAAGUAUCAGUUUUAUUAUAAAACUUAUAUUCUUUGGAUUAAUAUCACUUCUGUUUUGGUUAUAUAGAAGCAUUUCCAGUUUAUUUUAA